AUGGUGAGUAAACAGGGUCUUGGUGUAGACAAUAUGGUGAGUAAACAGGGUCUUGGUGUAGACAAUAUGGUGAGUAAACAGGGUCUUGGUGUAGACAAUAUGGUGAGUAAACAGGAUCUUGGUAUAGAUAAUAUGGUGAGUAAACAGGAUCUUGGUAUAUACAAUAUGGUGAGUAAACAGGGUCUUGGUAUAUACAAUAUGGUGAGUAAACAGGGUCUUGGUAUAUACAAUAUGGUGAGUAAACAGGGUCUUGGUGUAGACAAUAUGGUGAGUAAACAGGGUCUUGGUAUAUACAAUAUGGUGAGUAAACAGGAUCUUGGUGUAGACAAUAUGGUGAGUAAACAGGAGCUUGGUGUAGACAAUAUGGUGAGUAAACAGGAUCUUGGUGUAGACAAUAUGGUGAGUAAACAGGAUCUUGGUGUAGACAAUAUGGUGAGUAAACAGAAAAUUGGGGUAAACAACAUGGGUGUGUAA